AUGCCGGGGUCGCUGAGCAAUGAAGACGAGGGACAAGACGACAUGGAUUUUGAAGACGAUAUGCCAGAUGAGGACGACGAAGGUGAGCGCAACGCUGUUCCCCUCGCACCCCUCGACACCUUCUUCUCUGAAAACGACUCCCUCAAACAGCAAAAGAAGAAGAAGCCCAAAAAGAUGAAAGAGGGGAAAAUGCCCAAAGUGAAGAAGAGGAAAAAGGAGCCUCAGGGGGGAAUCCAGCCGAGGGUCGACAGCGACCCGGAGGAGACCUCCGAGGUGGAGGAGGAGCAGCGGGAGCGUCCGGAGGAACCCAAAUCAUCCGGCCAUCUGAUGAACGAGUGGGGCCUGGAAGACGUUCAGUACGGCUUCACCGAGGAGGACUACAAAACCAUCACGAACUACAAGGCCUUCAGCCAGUUCCUCAGGCCUCUCAUUGCCAAGAAGAACCCCAAGAUCCCCAUGUCAAAGAUGAUGACGGUGUUAGGGGCCAAGUGGCGUGAGUUCAGCGCCAACAACCCGUUCAAAGGCGCGUCCGCCACCGCCGUGGCAGCUGCCGUGGCCGCCGCCGUGGAAACGGUUACCGUGGCACAGCCGACGCCCGUGAGCGGCAGCCAGCCGUGCGCUCAGCUGGGGCCGGUCAAAAAGGCCAAAACCAAAGAGGGAAAGGGACCGGGAGUCAGAAAGAGAAGCAAGACGGCGAAGGAGGGGAAGAAGAAACCCAAGCCCAAGAAGACCAAAUCAAAGUCGGGCCAGAGCGUGAAGAAGAAGAAAGCCUCCUCGAGUGAGGAGGACUUCCUGGAGGAGUCAGACUUUGAUGACAUCAGCAUCCACAGCGCCUCUGUGCUUUCUGAUACCUCGGGAGCCGCCACCAAGAAAAAGGCCCGGCGUGGGCGUAAAAAGAGGAAAAAGGAAGACGGCGAUGGCUACGAGACGGACCACCAGGACUACUGCGAGGUCUGCCAGCAGGGGGGAGAGAUCAUCCUGUGUGACACCUGUCCCAGAGCGUACCACCUGGUCUGUCUGGACCCGGAGCUGGAGAAGGCCCCCGAGGGCAAAUGGAGCUGUCCGCACUGUUGCCCUCCCCUCAAAGGUAAGGUCCAAAAGAUUCUGCACUGGACGUGGGGGGAACCCCCGUUGCCGGCCGAACCGCCCGACGGCCCCGACGGCGAGCCGGCCGAUCCGCUGACCGACCCCCCGCUCAAGGGCCGCCCGGAGAGGGAGUUCUUCGUUAAGUGGGCCGGCCUCUCGUACUGGCACUGCUCCUGGGUCAGCGAGCUGCAGCUGGAGCUGUACCACACGGUCAUGUAUCGCAACUACCAGCGCAAGAACGACAUGGACGAGCCGCCGCCGUUCGACUACGGCUCCGGUGAGGAGGAGCUCAACAACGAGAAGAGGAAGAGCAAAGACCCCCAGUACGCCGCGAUGGAGGGGCGCUUCUACCGCUACGGCAUCAAACCGGAGUGGAUGGUCAUGCACCGGAUAAUCAACCACAGUUUCGAUAAGGACGGCGACGUGCAUUACCUGAUCAAGUGGAGGGACCUGCCCUACGACCAGAGCACCUGGGAGGUGGACGACUUUGACGUCCCCGAUUACGACGGCCACAAAGCCUCUUACUGGGACCACAGGGAGCAAAUAGUAGGGGAGGACCAACGCCCCCUGGUGGUGAGGAAAGGAAAUAAACUCAAAGAGGACCACCCAAAGAGGGAGGUCCCUCCUGAUGCUCCCAUCAUAGAUCCGACCAUCAAGUUUGAGCACCAGCCGUGGUACAUUAACGCCACGGGGGGGACGCUGCACCCGUACCAGCUGGAAGGCCUGAACUGGUUGAGGUUCUCCUGGGCUCAGGGCACGGACACCAUCCUGGCCGACGAGAUGGGCCUCGGCAAGACGGUGCAGACCAUCGUGUUUCUCUACUCGCUCUAUAAGGAGGGUCACUCUAAGGGGCCCUACUUGGUGAGCGCGCCCCUCUCCACCAUCAUCAAUUGGGAGAGGGAGUUUGAGUUGUGGGCUCCGGAUUUCCACGUGGUGACGUACACCGGAGACAAAGACAGCCGGGCGGUCAUCCGGGAGAACGAGUUCACCUGUGAGGACAGCGCGGUGAAAUCAGGACGCAAGGUGUUCCGCAUGAAGAAAGACACGCCCAUCAAGUUCCACGUGCUGCUGACGUCCUAUGAGCUGAUCACUAUCGAUCAGGCCGUUCUGGGCUCCAUCACAUGGGCCUGCCUGGUGGUGGACGAGGCCCACCGGCUGAAGAACAACCAGUCCAAGUUUUUCAGAAUCCUCAACGGGUACAAGAUCUACUACAAGCUGCUGCUCACUGGGACUCCUCUUCAGAACAACUUGGAGGAGCUGUUCCACCUGCUUAACUUCCUCACCCCAGCGCGCUUCAAUAACCUGGAAGGCUUCCUGGAGGAGUUCGCCGACAUCUCCAAGGAGGACCAGAUCAAGAAGCUCCACGACCUGCUCGGCCCUCACAUGCUGCGGAGGCUCAAAGCCGACGUCUUCAAGAACAUGCCCUCGAAGACGGAGCUGAUUGUCAGAGUGGAGCUCAGCCCCAUGCAGAAGAAAUAUUACAAAUUUAUUUUGACGCGGAACUUUGAGGCGCUGAACUCCAAAGGCGGAGGGAACCAAGUGUCCCUGCUCAACAUUAUGAUGGACCUGAAGAAGUGCUGCAACCACCCCUACCUGUUCCCGGUGGCGGCUGUGGAAGCUCCCGUGUUGCCCAACGGCUCGUACGAUGGAAACCAGCUGGUGAAGUCCUCAGGAAAACUGACGCUGCUUCAGAAAAUGCUGAAGCAGCUCAAAGACGAAGGACACAGAGUUCUCAUUUUCUCUCAGAUGACAAAGAUGUUGGAUCUGCUUGAAGAUUUCAUGGAGUUCGAGGGUUAUAAAUAUGAACGUAUUGAUGGAGGGAUCACCGGAGGCCUCAGGCAGGAGGCCAUUGACCGCUUCAAUGCACCGGGCGCUCAGCAGUUCUGCUUCUUGCUCUCGACGCGAGCCGGAGGUCUCGGCAUCAACCUGGCGAGCGCCGACACCGUCGUCAUCUACGACUCGGACUGGAAUCCUCACAACGACAUCCAAGCUUUUAGCAGAGCCCAUCGUAUCGGCCAAAACAGGAAGGUGAUGAUCUAUCGCUUCGUGACGCGUGGCUCGGUGGAGGAGCGGAUCACCCAGGUGGCGAAGAGGAAGAUGAUGCUCACCCACCUGGUGGUGCGGCCCGGCCUCGGCUCCAAAACGGGCUCCAUGUCCAAACAGGAGCUGGACGACAUCCUCAAGUUCGGCACCGAGGAGCUCUUCAAAGGCGAGAUGGAAGCGGCGCGAGCCAUGGGUGACAGCAAAGAGGGGGAGGAGGGCAACGUGAUUCACUACGACGACGACGCCAUCUCCAAGCUGCUGGACCGCGACCGCGACGCCACCGAGGACACGGAGAUCCAGAACAUGAACGAGUACCUGAGCUCCUUCAAGGUGGCUCAGUACGUGGUGAAAGAAGAGGAAGGAGAGGAGGAGGAGGUGGAGCGGGAGAUCAUCAAGCAGGAGGAGAACGUGGACCCGGACUACUGGGAGAAGCUCCUCCGGCACCACUACGAGCAGCAGCAGGAGGACCUGGCCCGCAACCUCGGCAAAGGCAAACGCAUCCGGAAGCAGGUCAACUACAACGACACCACCCAGGAGGACCAAGACAAUCAGUCGGAGUACUCUGUGGGGUCCGAGGACGAGGACGAAGAUUUCGAGGAGAGGCCUGAAGGUGGACGCAGACAGUCUCGCCGGCAGAUGAAGAACGAGAAAGACAAACCUCUGCCGCCCUUACUGGCACGGGUCGGGGGCAGUAUUGAGAGCGCCAAUGACACGCCGUCUCAUGCCGUUUCUUCUCAUCGCAAGGUCCUGGGGUUCAAUGCCCGCCAGAGGAAAGCCUUCCUCAAUGCCAUCAUGCGCUGGGGAAUGCCCCCUCAGGAUGCCUUCAACUCCCAUUGGCUGGUUCGAGACCUGAGAGGGAAGAGUGAGCGCGAGUUCAGGGCCUACGUGUCUCUGUUCAUGAGACAUCUCUGUGAGCCGGGCGCAGACGGAGCCGAGACCUUCGCCGAUGGAGUCCCACGUGAGGGUCUGUCCCGUCAGCACGUUCUCACCAGGAUCGGCGUCAUGUCCCUUGUCAGGAAAAAGGUGCAAGAGUUCGAGCAUGUUAAUGGCAAGCUGAGUUCCCCAGAUCUGAUUCCCAUCGGCAUGGAGCUGAAGAAGCUGACUGAGAGUUUAUCUUCUGACCCCAACACCCCCGUGCCAGCCAGCCCCGUCGCUACGCAGCCGGGCACGCCCGUCCCACCAGAGAAGACCGAGUCUCUCUUGGGUACCACUGAAGACAAGGAGACCACAGAGCUAGACAGCAAGAAGCCGUCAGAGCAGGACUCCUCCGGUGCGGAGCAGCCGGCAUCCGUACCGGAGAAGGCGUCCGACGGCGAGGAGAGCAAGGCCGGCUCGGAGGAGAAAACGGCAGCUGAGAGGGACCGAACCGAGUCGCCCUCUGCGAAGGCCGAGCCGCCCGCCAACUCAAAGGAGUCCGCUUUGAAACCGACAGAACUACCGUCCAGUCAAACCUCUCCUCAAGCGGACCCCUGCAAAGAAACAGAGAAGUCCUCAGAAAAAGGGGAUACUGAAUCCCCUCUGGCAAAAACUGAAGACAAGGAAAAUAAGCCAGACGAUUUGAAGAGUGAAGAUGCAUUAGAGGGUCGAUUGAACGGAGACAAAGACACUUUGGACGAGAUGGACGAGAGCAGGAAGGAGGACAAAAACGGAUACAAAACCAAGUUCAUGUUUAAUAUCGCCGACGGAGGCUUUACGGAGUUGCACACCUUGUGGCAAACGGAGGAGCGAGCGGCGCUGUCUUCUGGAAAGAUGCACGACAUCUGGCACCGGCGCCACGAUUACUGGCUCUUAGCCGGCAUCGUAACACACGGCUACGCUCGUUGGCAAGACAUCCAGAACGACCCGCGUUACGCUAUUCUGAAUGAGCCCUUCAAGACGGAGAUACACAAGGGCAACUACCUGGAGAUGAAGAACAAGUUCCUGGCUCGGCGCUUCAAGUUGUUGGAGCAGGCUCUGGUGAUCGAGGAGCAGCUGAGGCGGGCGGCCUACCUGAACAUGACCCAGGAUCCCAGCCACCCGGCCAUGGCUCUCAACACUCGCUUCUCUGAGGUGGAAUGUCUCGCCGAGUCCCACCAGCACCUGUCCAAGGAGUCGCUGGCCGGGAACAAACCUGCCAACGCCGUGCUGCACAAAGUGCUGAACCAGCUGGAGGAGCUUCUGAGUGACAUGAAAGCCGACGUGACCCGACUGCCCAACAUGCUGUCCCGGAUCCCGCCGGUGUCGGGCCGCCUGCAGAUGUCCGAGAGGAGCAUCCUGAGCCGCCUCACCAGCCGGGGGAGCGAGCCCCCGCCGCAGCAGGUGAGGAGCGACGCGGUGGUCCAGAGGCCUUUUAGCCAGGGGGGGUUCGGCUGCUCCCAGAUGUACAGCGGCGGCUUUGGUGGAGGAUUCAGAGGACCGGGUGGCCAGCCCAUAGUCAACUACAGUCAGAUGCCUCUGGGGCCCUACGUCAGCGUGUCCUCCAAUGGCCCUCCACCCCCCACAAGCCAUCUGGACAAGAAGUCACUUGACUCCUUGAGAGACGUGGCUACGCCCGACCUCAAAUCAGGCAAACCUAGUGACGUCAUCUGUAUUGAGGACUAG